GGAGGGAAGAGCUCGGCCUGGGCACGCGCGCUCUGGAUCGUGAGCCAGGCGGAGGAGGAGUGGAAAGGCUUUCGCCGGAGGGGCCGGCGGUGAGGUGUGACUGCGCGGCAGCUUCUUUCGCCGCAGGGAGUGUGAGUUCAGCGCUCGAAGCUGGAGGAGGUUGCCGGCUGGGUGAAAACGGCCGCCUUCAGCUUGGCGGGGCCGAGCAGCCCCGACUGCAAGGGCGUCCCUGCUCACCCCUGCUUCCCCGCAGGCCCGGCCCCGGAGUGAUGACCCGGCAGUGCCCCCCGGCCCCAGAGCCCGCCGCCCCGCUGAGCGGGUCGGUGCUGGCUGAGGCAGCUGUGGUGUUCGCCGUGGUGCUGAGCAUCCACGCGACCGUGUGGGACCGGUACUCGUGGUGCGCCGUGGCCCUGGCUGUGCAGGCCUUCUACGUCCAGUACAAAUGGGACCGGCUGCUGCAGCAGGGCAACGCCGUGUUCCAGUUCCGCAUGUCGGCCAACAGCGGCCUGCUUCCCGCCUCAGUGGUCAUGCCUUUGCUCGGGCUGGUCAUGAAGGAGCGGUGCCAGGCGGCAGAGAACCCGGCCUUUGAGCGCUUCGGCGUGGUUGUGGCGGCCACGGGCAUGGCGGUGGCCCUCUUCUCGUCCGUGUUGGCGCUGGGCAUCACCCGCCCGCUGCCCACUAACACGUGCGCCGUCUCGGGCUUGGCGGGCGGCGUCAUCAUCUACAUCCUCAAGCACUCGCUGAGUGUGGGCGAGGUGAUCGAGGUACUGGAGGUGCUGCUCAUCUUCGUGUAUCUCAACAUGAUCCUCCUGUACCUGCUGCCCCGCUGCUUCACCCCCGGAGAGGCGCUGCUGGUGCUGGGGGGGCUUAGCUUCGUCCUCAACCAGCUCAUCAAGCGCUCUCUGACGGUGCUGGAGAGCCAGGGGGACCCCGUGGACUACUUCCUGCUGGUGGUGGUGGUGGGCGUGGUGCUGCUGGGCGUCUUCUUCAGCACCCUCUUCGUCUUCAUGGACUCGGGCACCUGGGCCUCGUCCAUCUUUUUCCACCUCAUGACCUGCGUGCUGGGCCUCGGCGUGGUCCUGCCCUGGCUACACUGGCUCAUCCGCCGGAACCCCUUGCUCUGGCUGCUGCAGUUCCUUUUCCGGACACACACCCGCAUCUACCUCCUAGCCUACUGGUCCCUGCUCGCGGCCCUGGCGUGCCUGGUGGUGUUGUACCAGAACGCCAAGCGAUCCGAGUCCUCUGAGUCUAAGAAGCACCAGGCUCCCGCCCUGGCCCGCAAGUACUUCCACUUCAUCGUGGUGGCCACCUACGUGCCAGGCAUCGUCUUUGACCGGCCGCUGCUGCACGUGGCCGCCACCCUCUGCCUGGCAGUCUUCCUCAUCCUGGAGUAUGUGCGCUACUUCCGCAUCAAGCCCCUGGGCCACACCCUGCGCGGCCUCCUGUCCCUCUUCCUGGAUGAGCGGGACAGCGGACCGCUCAUCCUCACACACAUCUACCUGCUGCUUGGCAUGUCUCUCCCCAUCUGGCUGGUCCCCAGACCCUGCACGCAGAAGGGGAGCCUCGGAGGCGCCCGGGCCUUGGUCCCCUAUGCCGGCGUGCUGGCUGUGGGGGUGGGCGACACGGUGGCCUCCAUCUUCGGCAGCACCAUGGGAGAGAUCCGCUGGCCCGGGACCAAGAAGACCUUCGAGGGGACCAUGACGUCAAUAUUCGCCCAGGUCAUCUCUGUGGCACUCAUCUUGAUCUUUGACAGCACCGUGGACCUGAACCACGGGUACGCGUGGAUCCUGGGCUCCAUCAGCGCAGUGUCCCUCCUCGAGGCGUACACCACACAGAUCGACAACCUCCUUUUGCCUCUCUACCUCUUGAUAUUGCUGAUGGCCUAGUUGGGGCUGGGAGAAAAACAGGGACUGACCAAGAUCCCCAUGGCAACCAGCCACGUGGGCGGGAGGAGCCAAAGAGUAAAGAGCAGAUUGGGUUUUUCUGUGGAGUCAGAUUGAAAAUAAAAUUUAAAAAUAAUAGUAAUAAAGCCAAACCCUCCCAGUUUUAGUAUGGCUGCAGUUUAAAAAGGGGAGGGAGACCUUUGGAGCCAGUGCAGCAGCUCAAGUGUCUAGUCCUCCACCUGCCAGCACCAGCAUCCCAUGGGGACACUGCUUCGUGUCCCAGCUGCUCCACU